CAUUUCUGCAGAGGCUGGUGGAUGCUGGAAACAGCGUGGUUUUGUUUUGCGGUGACUUUUGCGGCCCGAGACAUCAUGCUGAUUUGCAGUUCUGUCUUUCUUGCAUGGAUCACCGUGGCCAGUCAUGUUGUGGGACAAGUGCAUGGGCAAGGGUCAAGCCGGUUAAAACUGACAGUCCUGUCUGAAGAUAGGUUACAGAUGAAAUGGAAAGAGACUGAAGGGAACAUCAAUGGGUACAAGGUUCGAGUGAAGCCCAUGGCAGGUGACUCCGAGCAGGAAGUCAUGCUGAAAACCAAAACGCCGAAAGCCACGGUCGGGGGGCUGAGUCCCACAAAAGAAUAUACUCUGCACAUCUAUGUGCUCAACAGCUCACAGGAAGCCCUGUUUGCCAAGAGGAAAUUUGUGAUUGAAGAGCUGAAAAACCUCUCUCAGGCUCGAAAUAACCGGAGGAACACGGCAACUGGCCCAGAAAAGAGCCUCGCCUCGCUUGGAAACACAGCAACUGAGCCGGAGUCAGAGACGUCUUCCCCGGCCCAGAGCGACUCCUUCAUGCAGACAGCGAAGGACCGGCCAGAAAAGAAGAGACAGAAGGCCGCUGUAUCUAAGAGCUCGAGUGAGAAACCCCGGAGCAAGCUGAGCACUGGGUUAGGCAUGACAGAAGCAACCCCGACGACCGUGAAAACACCGCAGCACAGCCAGACAAAAUCUGAGCGAGACGAUCUCAGCAAAGAAAAACCCACAAAGGAAACGUUAAGAAGAGGCCCUCACUUCCAGUGCGACUCAUCUGCCAUGACUGACAUUGUCCUGCUUGUGGAUGGAUCUUGGAGCAUCGGGCGCAACAACUUCAGGCUCAUCAGGGAGUUUCUGAGCACCUUGAUUUCCCCUUUCGAUGUUGCCCAGGACAAGAUACAAAUAGGCUUGUCGCAGUACAGCGGUGACCCGCGGACAGAGUGGAACCUGAACACGUAUGCUACCAAAGACGAGGUGUUGGAGGCAGUGAGGAGCCUGCGGUAUAAAGGCGGCAACACAUUCACAGGUCUCGCUUUGACUCACGUCCUCGAGCAGAAUCUGAAGCCAGAAGCUGGCGCUAGGUUGGAGGCAGUGAAGCUGGUGAUCCUCCUGACUGAUGGAAAGUCCCAGGAUGAUGCCAACCAGCCUGCCCAGACCUUGAAAAACUUGGGUGUAGAAAUAUUUGCCAUUGGGGUGAAAAAUGCAGAUGAGGCAGAGUUGAGGCAGGUGGCCUCGGAGCCCUUGGAGCUCACGGUGUACAACGUGCUGGAUUUCCCUCUGCUCGGCUCGCUGGUCAGCAGGCUCACCCAGGUCCUGUGCAGCAGGAUCAAAGACAGGAGCAAGAGUGAAAACACAGUACCAUUGCCGCCUCCUGUUUCCUUGAGAGCAUCUGAGGUGAACCACAACAGUAUAAAACUAAGCUGGCAGCCGGCAGAUGGAGCUACUCAGUACCUGGUGCUCUCAAGCUUGGCUGGUAUUCAGGUCUGCUUAGCAGUGCUGCACAGGUCGAGGGAAUUGGUGGGAUAUGUGGAGAUGUAUUCAUUGUGUUUCAUUCCUCCGGAGAGGUUGAAAUGCCUCGAUUUACUAUGA